CCUUCAUCUUCAUUCCCGUUCUCCCUAGCCCGUGGCCGUCGGAUUCGUAUUACUCAUACCCGCUGCGUCCGUUCGACACACCGUACGCUGCCGUCGUUGUAGUCGCGAGUCCGUGCUGUCGUUGCGUUUUUUAUACACACAUACACCGUUUUGUAACGUAUGAUACGAUAAAUGUGUAUUUUAUAAUAUUUAAUUUAUGCAAUGUGUAUUUAUUUAUUUCAAAACAUUUAUAAAUUGUAAAUGAGAUAAUAUUUUGUUUUAACGAACUUUACCUAAUUGGGUGUAAGCUCUAGCGUGUUUAUCAAAAUAAUUCUUAUCGUGGUUUAAAAUAGUGCGCGAGUGGUUGAUACGCGACUCUUUCUAUUGCUGUUGUUUAGACGUACUGUCGUUGUGCUGCCUAUCAACACCUUACAAUGGAAUAUUACGGACACGAAUCACGGAUUUCACAUUAAGAUCGUAAGACGUGAUGGAUAUCUGCAGCACUAGUCGAGUGUAUUUAUGUGGAAUGAUCUUAAGGAAUCAAGGGUCUCGCACGAUAUUACUACACCUCACUUGAUUGCGAGACUACUUGCAAAGUUUCAGUACGGCAUUAGUGUUCGUCAUAAUGGAACGCGGUCGAAAAUGAUUUCUAGUUGUCCCAUGACUGUUAUGUGAUGGCCAAUAGUGACGCCAGGAUGUGGGGUCACAGUGUGGUGUCUUCGGGUCCAGUCACUGUUACAUCGAUCAAUCUAAUUGCUCCUCAUUUGCCUAAUACACAAAUUACAACUAUUAAAGAAGAACCGCGUGACGGAGUAAUCAACGAAAGGAAAGACGAUGCCAUAGAUGAAGUCGGUUCAGAAUGUGAUAGAGAAGUAAGCAAAAUUGAUUUCUCUGGUGUGACUAUGAGAAGUAAAAAAAUGAGGGCUGUCGAAGAAAAUAUGCCUCGACCAAUGUCUUGGGAAGGAGAGCUUUCGGACACGGAUAUGAAACAAGAUGAAGAUGAUAGGUCCAUGGAUGUACAAACUGGAAAUCAAAAUUAUUUAUUUCCUAAACAAGAAUGUGUAAACAAUCAACAAGAGUCUCCUGCAAAACGUGUGAUUUUUAAAGAUAACAAUUUGAUGGAUCGAGUAAUGGAACAUGUUAAAAGUAAAGUUACUUCGUCAAAUUCUGAAAUUCCAUUGCUUGUUGAUAAACUGUUAGGUGGAGGUUACAGUUCACUAUUGCAAAAUAAGACUAAUGGCGCUAAACAGCAGCCAGUUCAUAUUCCUCCAACUCAAAGUCCAGACUCAGCCAUACACUCAUGUUGCUCACCUGCACAAUCUCCGAUUACUUCUAGACAUAACCCACCAUCUUCUUCAGGAUUUUCUUCACCAUCCACGUUCACACCAUCAUCAUUGUCGAGGAAUAAUAGCGAUGCCUCACAAUAUGGCGGAUCCCAACAUAGCUCAUGUUAUAGUCAAAGUUAUUCAUCAGUAUCUGUUUCACCAACACAAUUUUCACCAUCUCAAUCUCCGAUUCAACCUAGGCAUGUUCAGAGGAAUUUUCAUGAAUAUACAGUUGUUGAAGAAACCAAUGGAUAUGAGGAAAAGAUGUCUGAUAUUGGUCAACAACAUAAUAUAACAUCAGGGAUUUCAAGACAACAAUUGAUCAAUAGUCCCUGUCCAAUUUGUGGUGAUAAGAUUUCUGGUUUUCACUAUGGUAUAUUUUCCUGUGAAAGUUGCAAAGGCUUCUUUAAGCGUACUGUUCAAAAUCAUAAAAACUAUGUGUGUCUUCAUGGUUCUGCAUGCUUGAUUACUAUAGCGACCCGCAAGAAGUGUCCCGCAUGCCGUUUUGACAAAUGUUUAAAUAUGGGUAUGAAACUUGAGGCCAUAAGAGUGGAUCGAACCCGUGGUGGUAGAAGUACAUAUCCAUUUACAUACACAAUACCAACGUCUAAUAUUCAGCCACCGCAAGGUAAUCAACAUACUGGAAUGACCAAUGUUGUAGAUAAUAAGGUCAAGCAAGAAGAGCGUGCGUGUCGGUCUCCUCCUCAAGAAAUGGCCAGACUGAUCCCUCCGUUAUUGCAAGAGAUAAUGGAAGUGGAGCAUUUAUGGACUUAUAAUGAAGGUGCAUUUGAUUCAUCAAAUGCAAGUGGAAGCUCUACGAAUCAUUGUGGUGGUGCCAAAGAACUAGAAAAAAGUCGUCUUAUGGCUGAGAACUCUGGAACGGAUUUUCUCUCAAACUUAUGUAACAUUGCUGAUCAUAGGCUAUAUAAAAUAGUAAAAUGGUGCAAAUCAUUGCCAUUGUUCAAAAAUAUUUCGAUUGAUGAUCAGAUUUCUCUAUUGAUAAAUGCUUGGUGUGAGCUUCUACUGUUUAGUUGCUGUUAUCGAUCAGUUAGUAGUCCUGGCGAGAUAAGAGUUAGUCUAGGUAAAUCAAUAUCACUAGGUCAAGCAAGAGACUUGGGUUUGGCACCCUGCAUUGAACGAAUGUUGAACUUCACUCAACAUUUAAGACGCUUGAGAGUGGACCGCUAUGAAUAUGUUGCGAUGAAAGUAAUCGUGUUGUUAUCAUCGGAUACAAAUGACUUAAAAGAACCAGAAAAAGUUCGAGCAUCUCAAGAGAAAGCAUUGCAUGCAUUACAGCAAUAUACUAUAGCACAUUAUCCAGAAAUGCCAUCUAAAUUUGGAGAACUGUUAUUGAGGAUACCUGAUUUACAACGUACUUGCCAGGUCGGAAAGGAAAUGUUGUCGAUAAAAAGUAAAGAGGAGGGCGAAGGACAAAGUUUUAAUUUGUUAAUGGAAUUAUUAAGAGGUGAUCAUUAAUGAAGGAUCAUAUGGGUGAUCAUAAUAUGUUGUAAUAAAAAUGUCUGUGAAAGUAUUCUAUAAUUAUAAUUAGUAUAAACAAUUAGUUUGGAUCAGGAAUACGUAUGAGUUUGUAGUUGAGAAGUACGUACAGUUAAAAUUUUUUUUUUUUAUAGCAUGAUCGAUAACAAUACUUAUUUAUAUUUUCAUAGACCAAAUUAAAGUCAGAUUUUAUUAUUGUAAUUAUAAUUUAUAUCGGUUAAUUAAAAAAUAAUUUAGAGAUAAGUAAUAAUAUUUAUAAAAAUUAAAUUCAGAACAGUCUGAAUACUGUGAUCUUAUAUAUAAAUAGAAUUAACAUUAUUUUAUAUAUUAUAGUGUGUAUCGUACACAAAUUAUUUCUGAGAAAUAAUGGUAGUUUUCCUAAACAGGGUUUUAAUUUUAAAACAAUCAUUUAUGUUAAACCAUUGUUCAAUCCAAUUAAAAAACUUUGUACUUAAUAAUUCUAUGCGUAUAGUGAUGGGCUUGUUUAUUUUCUAUCUCGCUGUUUUGUACUUAAAUUACAUAUUUUUAACACUUUAAGCAAAUACAAAUAGUAGUAUUAGUACUACAUAAUCUAAUUUUAUUAUUCUGUCAACUUUACCAAAAUUCAUAUUUUUAAGUGUUAAGCCAAAAUAUCUAUUUUAAAUUUAGUAAUGUUAUCUUUAACUAUGUUCAUGUGCAAUAAGUUGUUACCAAAAUUAUAUUUCUGUUUCUUUGUUUUUAUUUAAUUUUUUCAUUCUAAAAUUGUAUUUUGCCCAUCACUCUAAAACAAAUUUGGUAUCACUGCAAUUUUUAUAAUUAGGUGCAUAUUUUUUUUAUAUUUAUUUUAAAUAUAAGCUUAUAUUUUUGUAUGUAGGAUUUUUCUUUGAAUAGGCCAACAGUAAAAUAAAUGUUAGACCGAUUUAAAUAAAUUAAAAAAUAUAUAUUUUUUACUAUACAUUUUUCAAUUAUUUGUUUAUUAAUUACACAAAGCAAUAUUACUAUUUUAAUUGAUGAGUAACUGAAACUAUAUUUGUACAACACCAUAUUUCAGCAUUUGUAAGACAUGACUAAUAAUGAGCA